AUGCAGCGCUGCUACAAGUGCUGGUGGCUGGAGUUUGUCGGGUUCGCCGAUGGGGUGGGGCGCAUGGCGUUGCUGGCCACUGAGGAGACAGCGGGGUGCUUCUUCACCCAGCUGGACCUCAAUGACAGGGGCGGCGUGCGAGUGGCGGCAGUGGCGAUUGCCAUGCAACAUGUGUGGAAGGGCCUGCCCAGUCUGUGCGCAAGCGCCAGGGUCAAGCUCAUCAUCGAUGGAGUUGAGCGAGUGUGGAGUGCGUGGACAGCCAGGCGGCAGAGGGACCUGUUUCCCGUCGAGGCGCUUCAGGCGUGGGUCCAGGGCCGUAAGUUCGUUGGUGGUUCCGUCAUGGCACUGAGGGACGCGUGCCUCGUGGCGGUUGGCCUGCAGCUGGCCGCGUUGUGGGUCGAGGAUGUCACAAUGGAUGGUGAGUGGGCCUGCGUGUGGGUGUGCAAGGCCAAGAAUGAUCAGCUGGGCCAUGGGCACAAGGUCUUCAUCAACGCGAUGGGCUCUGCAGCUUGUCUGGUGUGGCUGCUCAAGGAGUGGCUCAGGGUGCGUGGCAUGAGGCCAGGCUUGCUCUUCAUGGCCUGUGGUGGGCGGCCCUUGUCGACCAGUGCCAUCAGCGCCGUGUGCCAGUGGAUGGUGGCGGCCGUGGGACGCCCUGAGGUGGUCAUGUCUCACUUGUUGUGCAUUGGCGGCGCGAUGGUGGCCGUGGAAGGUGGCCUGACCAGGGAGCAGGCCAUGACCAUCGGUGGAUGGGAGUCGGACGCCGUGGAUCACUACUUGCAGGCUCAUGAGCUGGUGGCGGAGGGCGUCUUGCGUUGGAUGGGGUUCUGA